CGUGAGAGAAGAACAAGGAUGCCGUACUGCAACACAUGCGGCGAGGUGCUGUUUGCGGCGACGUGUAAGUGCGGCGGCAAGUCGACGCAGGGCUCGGCAUACGGGCUAGAGGCGGCCGGUGGGAUGAAGAACACCGACAUGGUGACGGGCCAGCUGGCGGCGGCCGAUGGCUACACGGGGCUGGAGGAUGGCAUCUACGCCAUGAUGGGCGAGGAGCGGCCACCGCCGCCGUCGCGGGGUAUUGCAGAGGCCGCCGCAGCAGCAGGCAGUCGGUCUGAGGCUGUGCCGUGUACCGAGUGCGGCAAGAUGGUGGAGGGCCAGGCGGUCAAGGCCGACGGCAAGGUGUACCACACCAACUGCUUCCGCUGCCUACUCUGCGCCGAGCGGUUGACAUCGUCAUACAUUGUGCGCAACGGGCAUCCGCACUGCAAGCCGUGCGCAGCGCGGACCAAGGCGCCGCCGGCAUCGUCUUCGACUACGACAACCACCAGGACGGUGACCAAGACCACUACGCCCGGCGGCGCAAAGUCGACCGUCGGCGGCGUGGACGAGUUUGAGAGCAACCCGGAGUUCCGGGCCAAAGUCAUGGCGACCGAGGCGUGCGCCAAGUGUGGAGUGCCUGUCGCCGGCGCUGCGCUUCGCCACGGAGGCGCUCUGUUUCACGCCGAGUGCUUCACCUGCGCCAAGUGCGAUCAGCCGUUCUCGGACGGCUCGUACCGGGGCAGGGACGGCGCGGCGUACCACGUCGCGUGCUACAACGAGCUGUUUGGUGAAAAGUGUGCCGGAUGCCAGGCUGCGCUCUCGGGCUCGUUUGUGCGGGUCGACGAGAAGCCGUACCACAAGGCGUGCUUCAAGUGUACCGGCUGCGCACAGCCGAUCUCCGGCGGCUUUGACCUUCGCGCCGACGGGCCCAAGUGCGCGUCAUGCGCAACUCGGCGGUAGGAGUGGGUCUCUCAGCGGGUGCUGCGAUAAAAAUACAUGGAAGGGCGGGGGGUUUACGGAUCGGCGGUAAAGGCCACGUUUGCGAUGGUCCGCAUGGCAUCAGUGGCCGAGAAGACGCCAACCGGAGUGCCGGCAGCAUCGACGCACCACAGCCGGUGAACGUGGGCGGAAGCCAUGUCCUGGCAGGCCUGGCCAAACGAAGUCGAGGCGCUGCAGACAACAGGUGGGCUCGGGUUUUUGACAUGGGUAGCCAGAAAGUUGUGGAUCGAGUCAAGGAGCAGCGGGUACGAGUCGAAGACCAGGCCGCGGAGGGUGGUGGCCGAGAGGUCGGCAACGAGCUUGCCCGAGGCAUCGGUGACGGCGACUGCAGUCACGUUGUUGGCCUGCAGCCGCUUGAGCGCCGACCAGACAGAGUCGGACUCGGCGACCACCACAAGGUUGUCCGUGUGGUCGAGGCCGAGGGCGGCGAGCUCCUGCUCGGCAAACUGGCCGAGGUGGCCGCGCUCGAGAUGGUUGAUGGAAUCAUCGCUGGCGAUGCCGGUGAGGUGAGCGAGGAUGUCCGACUGCGAGAGGAGCGAGACGACGGUGCCGUCCUCAGACACGACGGGGCAGCGAUGGAUGCCGAGUGCAAAGAGCGAGAGCGCGGUGGUGAUCGGCUGGUGCUUGUGGAGCGGGACGUACGGGUCGCGGCCGGACGCGUCCA